CUGUGCCGCCGCGGACGCGCGGUUUCUAGGUUUGGUCACUUUUGUACUUUUUUCGUUGUGUUCUUGAGAACUUCAGCUGCAGAUCAUUGGUGAAUUCGUUUGGCGAAUCUUCGAACGUACAUAGCCCGAAUGUACCAGGCAUCAGCGUGUCAAAGCGACGAUAUUGAAAGCUGUAUUUUUUCACAUUGUCCACAAAGGAACGGAUACAGUCAUUGAAUACGUGAUGGGCGAACAAAGCUAGCAUAGUAAGUAUGCAAGCAAUCUGCAAAAGAAGAGUGGUCUUUUUCGAGAAGAUGCAAUCGAGGUUUACAAAGAUUGAAAAUAAGCAGGCAUGCGCUUAAAAAAACAUGUAUUUAGAAAUUAAGAAAACAUGAGCUUCUUUACAUUUACUGCGUGACCGCACGGGCAUCAGACAAGGAUGGAGCACGCGGAUUACGUACGGAAAAAGGUGGAUCCAUUGCUGGAUAAGAUUGUGGCGGGUUUAAUAACAGGUAGAAAAGAAUAAAUGUCAGUACUGAGUGAGUAUUCAAGACUCUUUAUCGAACUCCAUCCUGUAACUGCAGAACUAGUAACGUCAUUUUUUUGCCGUCACCGAUGCACGCAUUCAUCUUCGAAUUUUGUUUUUGGUUUCGCUACAAAUUACCUCCUUAUUUACAGAUCGCCCAGAGGACGUGAUCGGAUACAUGAUUCGAUUCCUGGAUAAGCCGGAGCCGAGUCGUAUCUUGGAAAGGAUUCAGUUCAGCUCCUGCAGACGACUUCGUCUAGCGUCCAGGUCACUGAUGUAUGUCGAGAUUAUUUGAUACCCCGCCGAGAGCGAGAAAAUUUUUGGAGAUGACUACAAGGACCCUAUCCAUUCCUGCUUUGCCCUGGACAAAUGCGUGAGGGCUGUGACCGGGUGUCCGACUGUUAACUAAGUAGGGGUAAUGCAACAAGGAGAAUCGAAUAUAACCGGCCCUUGCGCAGAGACAAAGUGUUUGCAAUUUCAAGUUUGCUGCAGUAGCUGAGACUUAAUUUUCACUUGCAUACACUUGCGAGACCAGGAGCGGGAGGUUCGACACAACAUCGAGGAGUUGCAGAUCGACAUUGAAUCUCUCGAAUCCAAGAUUAGUGAGAACGAGUCGAACAAAGCGUCGCUACCGCCGGUGGAAGGAGCGCAGGACUCUGCGCCUGCAGCGGAGGAGGAGAGCAACGUCGCAGCCGACCCCGAACCGCCGGCAUCGGGCAUCGAAAGCGGCGAGGCAUAGCCUGUUAAAAUGCAACCGCCGCCGUGCGGCAGUGUGAAGCGCAAUAAUCGUGCGCAGGUUCUUCUUUCUCGGGUAGUGCGGACCUGUGCCCAGUAGUCGACUACUUACACACAAUUGCGACUGUGCAAAGUUCACUGCGCGAGUUCUCAAUUUCUUGCCAAUCUGCCACUUUUGGAGGCAUGGAUGUGGACUCGGGACUUGUUUUUACGCACUGCGUAAACUGGUAUUUGCAUCGAAUAAUUAGGAGUCAGUGCUGUCAUCUGCGGAGGCCUUCUUGUUUCCGGUGAUGGCAUCGGAAGAUUCGCAGUCGCUACAGUAAAUACAUUCAUGGAGACGUCUGACAUCUGUUUUUGUCACUGAU